UUCACUUUUCAUUCUAAAUGACGGAUACGGAUACGGAUUCGCCUUCACCUCGCAGCAUGACUCCACCGAAUCCGAUCGAGGAUUCUUACUAUUUGCAUCAUGGAGAAAAUCCAGGUCUGAUGUUAGUAUCACAGCAGCUAAAAGGUGACAAUUAUCCUACAUGGGCGAGGGCUAUGUCCAAAGCACUCAGUGCAAAGAACAAGAUGGGGUUUGUUAAUGGAACCCUAAAGAAACCUGCAAAUACUUCAGAUCCGAAGUUCUCAGCAUGGGAAAGGUGUAAUGAUAUGGUAUUAUCCUGGUUAAUCAAUUCAGUCACCAAGAAUAUAGCCUCGAGCAUUCUGUAUAUCGAUGUAGCGGCAGAUGUUUGGAAGGAUUUACAAGAAAGAUUUUCGCAAGGGAAUCGACCUCGAAUUUUCCAAUUAAAGAAAGCCAUCAGUUCCUUAACUCAAGAGCAACAAUCACCAAUUAUCGCCAAUUGCCACAAUGCACAUGUGGAAUAUUGA